AUGGCCUACUUCACCUGCCUCUUCGUCAAGGUCCCAUUGCUCGAGCAACUGAUAAACGCUUCUGAGCAGUCAGAACGGAUCACAUCGGCGGCAUUGUUUCUGGUGGCAACCCUGGCAGAAUGUCUGACAAGCAUUUACUUGAACGAAUUGUCAUGCAUCAUGGGCUGUCGUUUGCGCGCGGUCCUUCAGGCAGCCAUAUUCAAGAAGAUGACACAGCUGUCUCCCACGGCUAGAGCUGCCGUCUCGACGGGUCACGUGCUGUCCAUGCUCGGAGUGGACUGUUUCCAGCUGUCGAUGAGCGUCUACAUGUUCCCGUAUCCCGCCGGAGGCCUCCUGUGCAUGCCCAUUCUGCUCUAUCUCCUCGUCCAGCGGACAGGCACUAAGGUUACGCUUUGUUGCACCGCCUACCUUCUUUGCGUGUUCCUGGUCUCCAUACCCGCCACGAGAAUACAGAACGCCCUCUGGCGACGCCAAAUGAGCGCCCGUGACGAGCGUCUCAAGCAGACCUCGGACCUGCUGUCUUCCGUGCGCCUGGUGAAGAUGUACGCCUGGGAAGAGGCAUACCAGGAAAAGCUGCUGCGCGCCAGGGACGUGGAGAUGAAGCCGCUCUUCUGGGUCAACGCGCUGGACGGAAUCAUCGACUCUGUCUACAGCGCUUCCAGCUCUGUGCUGAUCAUCAUACUAUUCGGCGUGCUGGCCACCUCCGACCAGGGGCACGGUCUGACAGUCGCGGCCUCGUUCAGUUCGGUCUACCUGGUGUACAUGACGGACGUCACCAUGGCACAGAUGUGCUGGGCGCUGCGCACCCGAAGUCAGAUAUCACUCUCAAUCCGACGGAUUGUGAAGUUCUGCACCGAGGAAGAGAUGGGGGACCGCAGCGGCCGCAGCGACGACCACAAGGUACCGGGAGACACAAAAGGAGAGGUGACCUUGAGGAACUGCUCUUUGUCCUGGAGCAAACAUGAAAACAACAAAACAGUGGCGGCCCUCAACAACGUCAACUUGGAGGUCCAACCCGGGUCGCUGAUCGGCGUCGUCGGGUUCGUGGGCAGUGGAAAGUCGUCGCUCCUGGCUGGAAUCCUAGGCGACAUGCACGUCUUCGGCGGCGCAAUCAAGUGCACGGGCCGCGUGGCCUACGUUCCACAGAUCGCCAACGUGCACAACAUGAGCGUGAGAGACAACAUCUUGUACGGGCAACCCUUCAAUGACGAGGACUAUGCACGCGUGCUCGAGGCCUGUCAGCUUUGUGAGGACAUCAGCACGUUUCCUGCCAGAGACCUCACAGAGGUCGGAGAAAAGGGCGAAACGCUGAGUGGCGGGCAGAAGCAGAGGAUCAGCCUGGCGCGCGCUGCUUACAACCGGGCGGACGUUUACCUCCUCGAUGAUCCCCUGAGCGCCCUCGACGCCGUCGUUGCUAAGAAGGUCUUCAGAGAAGUGAUCGGCAACAAGGGCAUCCUGAAGAACAAGACUCGAAUCAUGGCAUGCAACCAGGGGUCUUUUCUAAGCCACAUGGACAAGCUGGUUCUCAUUCACAACAAAGGCGUCAUAGUUUAUGACACUCUCCAAGAUCUACUCAAUGACUCGAAUGCUCCGGAAACACUUCGACAUGGAUCCGUGUCGACGCAACCGGACCAAAAACAAAACGAGAUGUGA